AUGGCCGUGACUCCAUUGGGGGAUUGGAGGUCCCAUGUGUACUCCCACGUACAGAUCCAAAAGAAAGACGGCAACGUCGGCUUACUGACAGAGAUCAACGGCAACAUCCGGCUGCUCACGAUACAACCCCGGUCGCAUGCUGCUGCUCAGCGUUCAAAGGGUUCUUCACUCCCCGCUAUACAAUGUUUCUUGAAGCUGGCGAAUCUGACACAAUCCCCUGAUUUCAUCGCCAUCUCCCAUUCUUUGGAUGAACAAGAAAGCGGCAGCAGAAGCGAAGCCGGACAUCGAGACGGGGAUAACACCAAGACCGAGGGCAACGCCCAGGAGGUUUUGGUCAAUGGUGCACCAGUCCCGGUAUCGAGGGCCCUCUACCGAGCGCUUGAGUCUUUUCAGAGGGAGUCCGAUCCCAUCACUAUUUGGAUCGAUGCUCUGUGUGUCAAUGAGGAUGAUGUGAGAGAAAAGUCCGCUCAGACUGCCCAGAGAGCGGCCAUAUUCUCGGCCGCCACCAGGGCAAUUGUAUGGCUCGGCGAAGCUGCUGACAAGAGCGACGAUGCGAUGGAUGCUCUGGGCCGAUUAGUGGACGAGCAGCUUACACCCACGGUGCAAAAGCUGUGGAUCGCAUUACGCGGAAAACUCCCCAUGGUUGCUGAGAAUGCCACCCACGAUCACGCCUCUUCCGAAAAGCAGCCAAGUCUGGACGACCAACUCCACUCUCUCCGCACAUCAAUUCAGCUCAUGAUGAACCGCCAAUAUUGGAGAAGGAUAUGGUCUCUCCAAGAACUUGCGUUUACUGCCAAGGGCGAAGUGUCAUGCGGAAACCGAAGUCUGGACAUAGAUAGGUUUUUCUUGGCCGCAAAGUCCCUUGACGGAAUACUCAACAUGGCGACAUACUCAAAGUGGCUUGCUUCAACCCAGAUACCUGGCAUUGCACCCACUUUGGACACUACCGAGCCAGCCAACUUCUCUAAAACUCCCGCCAUUCGUCGGUUGACUGAACGAGAAUCCUUCCGCCAGAAUCGGGGGUGGUCAAGUGGCAUCUGGUGGCAUACUACGGAAGAGCCCCUGUUUUCGGUUUUGGCCAGAUAUCAUAUCCCAAGCGCCAGAAACGACUCUCAGACUCGGCUCGUCACCAAGGACCCGCGCGACCUUAUCUACGCCUUUCAUGGGCUGGCAUCAGACACGCAGGAGCUCAAAAUCACCACAGACUACAGCAAAGACUACGACCAAGUCUGCGUUGAUACAACAAUGGCAUUAUUGCGAAAGGACCCCAAGAUAUUGCAAUUAAGCCAAGGUCAGACUUCCGCAGGUACUGCUCCUUCCUGGAUAGUGGACUGGAGCAAGGUUAGGGUUCCACCAUCAUCCGAUCCUGCUCAUCCCUUUCGUGCAUGCGGGCCGGCGGAUGAACGCUUCUAUCGAUUCAACACCGAUUCACCCCAUUCCAUCAAACUGACUGGUGCGUUCGUUGAUACUGUAAAGACAGUCACGAAAUCAGCACCUCUAGAUGUUGAUGCGGAUUCACGUAAAGAGCUGAUGAGCCUCGAUGAUCUCCUCAAGCAAUCCCUUGAUGGGGAAGGCUGCCCUUACAAGGUUGACCAACAAUUGGGUAUCCCGGCAGGCAUGGUGCCCGAGGACCUCUUCAUAACCGAAACUGGCUAUGUUGGAUUCUCGUACGAUGCUGGCAUAGACGCGGGCGAUCGUGUUGCUGUUUUUUAUGGAUCUCAUGUUCCCUUUUUGUUGAGGAGGUCUGAUGAGACUUUCCGCAUUGUGGGAGAGGCUUAUGUACAUGGAAUCAUGAAUGGGGAAUUCAUGAGUGUGCAUAGACAGGAGAGCACCAUACGCCUGUCUUAG